UUUGCUGAUGCGUUUUUUGCACCCCACCGCCUUGGGUUGGGUUUCUUCACCUGUAGAGAGAGAAAGGCAAGGAAGACAAGAGCUGGUGCCAGGCUGCUCGGACCCCGAGCCCAGACCCUGCUGGGCUCCAGGCCCCGGUGCUGGAGCCACCCACCCCCCCGGAGAGGCAGCCCCCAGCCCCACAUUCAGCUGGGGAGGGCACCAAUCGAGACUCAUAAGCUGACUUUCCGUGAGAACGCCAAAGCCAAGACCGACCACGGCGCCGAAAUCGUCUACAAAUCCCCCACCAUCUCCGGAGACGCCUCUCCGCGCCGCCUUAGCAACGUCUCCUCCACUGGCAGCAUCAACAUGGUGGACUCCCCCCAGCUCGCCACGUUAGCCGACGAAGUGUCCGCCUCGCUGGCCAAGCAGGGCUUGUGAUGGGGCACAGCAUCACCACGGGAGAGAGAGAGAGAGAAGAUGAGGGGGGAAAAAACAAACAAACAAACAAAGGAAAAAAAAAAGAAACACGAAUAAUAAUAAUCUGGCCUUCUUCCUCUGUUCCUUUUACAGCUGCUUCCCCAUCCCCUACUCGGUUAAUGAUUUAACCUGCUUUUACUGUUCAUUCAGCUCUAGCUCCAGGACUUCAAAAUCAGUGACACUUCGAGGUACAGAACCUCCUCUCCCCCCGUCCCACCCCCCAUCCCUGCAGGGCAGCGGGCAGAGCAGACCCCCACUCUGCAGGGCCGCACUGCUCUGCCUGGGACCCCCACCCUCCCCCCCACACCUCCCAUUUGCCUGCUGAUUCAGAAGAAACCUUUUGUUUUCACCUCUGAGAGCCGAGAUGUGUAGGAAGCAAACUAAGAACCGCCCGGCAUCCCGGCAGGGCAGCAGGGGUUCCCCCUCCGCGGCUGUGCCGAGCGGGUGAUCAAUUAGAGGCUUUUCCCCCUUUCCCUCGGCAGCCCCUCGUGUCGUAGAGUAGAUUUGUCUGUAUAUGCUUGGACCGUGCCAGGGUGGUUGUUUUCAUAAACGAGCAUGUGUUUAA